AAUUUCGGUAGACGGCACAUUCUGCAAUCUUUUAUUGAAUAUUACAAAUAAUAAAAUAAAAUUCUUCGACAUAAGUACUGCAAUGAAGAAAUAUCACGUAAAGGUCAUUCUCAUCGAUUGCGAGAUUAUAAUCCACCAAUCAGAGAACUCCAUUUUCUUAGUGACUCUUAGCAAUGUAAACCAGGCAUUAUGAAAAAGAGCGGGCUGCGACGGAUGGACCAUGGAUGAGCAACGCGAGCAGCGUGUACUAUGUUUACGUGCUUCGAAAUGCUUUUAGGAUGUUACUUGAUUUCAACGUUGAUUACCGAAUAUUAAUGUUUAUUUAACAUCUGUUAAGCUCGAACGUCUAUCUUGCUAAUUACUGUGGAUCGUCAGAAUGGAAACUUUGCAAAACACGGGAGCUGCCCGUCCCUGGACGAACAACAGAAGAAAUCCAAAUCAAGAAGCCACUGCUUCAGGGGACAAUGCACUGGGAAGAUUGCUCGAGAUCAAGGAGGAUAUCAGGAUUGACGGUGUGUAUGGAUUUCGUAGAGUCACUGACUCCAAGGAGAGAGUAGGAUUCUUGCUCAACAUGCACGCGACUGAAAUAGUGGAGGAUGAUAAGCGCAUGCUGAGUGGCGUGGAUUACUAUUUCAUUGAGGAGGAUGCUACAAGGUUCAAAAUAUCAUUGCCAUAUUCACCGUACUUUUAUAUUUUAUGUCGCAAGAACACGUUUGAGGAAGUGUCGACAUUUUUAUCUAAAAAGUAUACAGGCGUAUUGGCAAAAAUUGAGACGCUUUAUAAAGAAGAUCUUGAUUUGCCUAAUCAUUUGAUUGGUUUAAAACAAAAGUAUCUGAAGCUCUCUUUUGCGAACACUGUCGAUUUGACAAAAGUUAAGCGCGACAUUAUGCGUGCUGUUAAAGUCAACAAAGAGCGAGAGAAAAGUAAUACCUAUUAUACAGAUAUGCUGGCAACCACGUUGCAGCCAAGUGAACAGGAUAGCAGUAAGCAAACCUUAGAUCACAUGGAUAAUGUUCUUGAUAUUCGGGAACACGAUGUGCCUCAUCAUGUUCGAGUGUCCAUAGACGCUGGUAUUUUCUGUGGCACUUGGUAUUCCGUAAAAAGCAGAGGAAGCGAGCCGCCUCUGAUUACGCAAAAAAAGGACAUGAUUGAGCCGCCUGAACCUAUUGUACUAGCGUAUGAUAUUGAAACCACGAAGUUGCCGUUAAAAUUCCCUGAUUCCAGUUUCGAUCAAAUUAUGAUGAUAUCAUACAUGAUAGACGGCCAGGGAUACUUGAUAACGAAUAGAGAAUUGAUCUCGGCAGACAUACGCGAUUUCGAAUACACGCCGAAGCCAGAAUUCGAAGGUCCCUUCGUAAUAUUUAACGAGCCCAAUGAAAAGGCAAUGAUAGCAAGGUUUUUUGAUCACAUCAAUGAGAUAAGGCCGCACAUAUUCGUGACGUACAACGGUGAUUUCUUUGAUUGGCCGUUCGUCGAGGCUCGAGCGGCUGUGCAUAAUAUGGACAUGAAGGAGAGAAUCGGUUUCGCGAAGAAUCGCGAUGGCGUUUACGUCAGCAGAGCUGCCAUGCACAUGGACUGCUUGUGCUGGGUGAGACGAGACUCGUAUCUCCCAGUGGGUUCUCAAAAUCUAAAAGCCGUCGCCAAAGCCAAGCUGAGGUAUGACCCAGUGGAACUCGACCCGGAGGAGAUGUGCAGAUUGGCAUCGGAGGAACCGGAAGUACUUGCCAACUACUCCGUUUCCGACGCCGUGGCAACGUUUUAUCUCUACCAGAAGUACAUUCAUCCUUUCAUAUUUGCAUUAUGCACCAUUAUCCCGAUGGAGCCUGACGAGGUAAGAAAUCGGCGCACCGCAAUUGCCGAUGUGCACGCGUUUCCAGUAGGAAGAUGCAAACAACACGUUAGCUUAUUCCAGGUGCUCAGAAAGGGAUCCGGUACGCUGUGCGAGUCGCUUCUCAUGGUGCAGGCUUUCAGAGCUAACAUCAUAUUUCCGAACAAACAGGAAAGCGAACUAAACAAAUUGACAAAAGACGGCCAUCUGUUGGAUCAGGAGACCUACGUAGGUGGACACGUGGAAGCGUUGGAGUCCGGCGUCUUCAGGGCCGACAUUCCUUGCCGCUUCAAGAUCGUGCCGAGCGCCGUGGACGAGUUGAUCAGAGGCGCAGAGAAUGCUCUGAAACACACGAUUCAAGAGGAGGAGAAAGUGCCGAUUGAAGCGGUCACGAAUUUCGACGAGAUAGUAAACGAAGUUAAAGGAAAACUGAGAGAGCUUCGCGAUCAGCCGCUGAGACUGGAGAACCCUGUGAUCUACCACUUGGACGUGGGCGCUAUGUAUCCGAAUAUUAUUUUGACUAACAGACUGCAGCCCUCUGCGAUAGUGAACGAGAUGGAUUGCGCGGUGUGCGAUUACAACAAGCCUGAUGCUCUUUGCCAAAGAAAGAUGCAGUGGAUGUGGAGAGGCGAAUAUCUGGCCGCGAGCUUGGGUGAAUAUCAAAGAAUAAAGCAACAAUUGGAGACUGAAAGGUUCCCGCCACAAUUCCCUGGUGGCUCUAAGAGGGCUUUCCACGAGUUGACCACUAAGGAACAAGCUCAGUUUCAGAAGACCAGGCUGACCGAGUACUGCAAAAAGGCUUAUAAGAAAGUCAAGAUUACCAGAAUGGAGGAGAAAACCCAAACGGUCUGCCAGAAGGAGAAUUCCUUUUACGUCGACACUGUGAGAGCGUUCAGGGAUAGAAGAUACGAGUACAAAGCGUUGACGAAGGUUGCUAAGCGGCAAGUGGCCGCGGCGGUCGGCAAAGGCGACGCGGCCGACAUAAAGUCUGCCAAGAAUCGAGAGGUGCUCUACGAUUCUCUUCAGCUCGCGCAUAAAUGCAUCCUCAAUUCUUUCUACGGUUACGUCAUGAGAAAAGGGGCACGGUGGCACAGCAUGGAAAUGGGUGGCAUCGUAUGUUACACCGGAGCCCACAUCAUCAUGAAAGCUAGAGAAAUUAUAGAACAGAUCGGUCGCCCGCUGGAACUGGACACCGAUGGCAUAUGGUGCAUACUGCCCGCGUCUUUUCCAGACUCUCUCGUGGUUCACACCACCCACGAGAAGAAGACGAAGUUCACGAUCUCAUACCCGAAUGCGGUGCUCAACUUCAUGGUGAAGGAUCAAUUUACUAACGAAGUGUAUCACGAGCUCGUGGACAGCGAUAAUCUCACGUACGAGAUCAGACAUGAGAAUUCUAUAUUCUUCGAAGUAGACGGUCCCUACUUAGCGAUGGUGUUGCCCGCCGCUAAGGAGGAAGGGAAGAAAUUGAAGAAACGCUACGCGGUUUUCAACUUCGACGGUUCCCUGGCCGAGCUGAAAGGAUUCGAGGUAAAAAGGAGGGGCGAGCUGCAACUGAUAAAGAUCUUCCAGGCUUCCGUUUUCGAGUCCUUCCUGAAGGGCAACACACUGGAGGAAUGUUACGCCUCGGUCGCGAAGGACGCGGAUUAUUGGCUGGAUUUGCUUUACAGCAAGUGUGCGAACAUGCCUGAUUCCGAGUUGUUCGAGCUGAUAUCCGAGAACAAAUCUAUGUCGCGCAAACUGGAGGAAUACGGCGCUCAAAAGUCCACGUCGAUCUCCACUGCCAAGAGACUAGCGGAAUUCUUAGGCGACGAGAUGGUCAAAGACGCAGGCUUAGCUUGCAGAUACAUCAUAGCGAAUAAACCGCAAAGCGCGCCGGUUACCGAGCGCGCGAUACCGCUGGCUAUCUUUCAGUCGGAACCGGCUGUUCGAAGGCAUUACCUGAAGAAGUGGUUGAAGGAUCCGAUGCUGUACAGCGACGAUAUAAGGGACAUUUUGGACUGGAAUUACUACAUCGAGCGGCUCGGCAGUGCCAUACAGAAGAUAAUCACGAUCCCAGCAGCGAUGCAAGGCCUAGCCAAUCCAGUCCCAAGAGUGCAACAUCCACCCUGGUUGCACAAGAAAGUAACGGAAAAGAGUGCGUCGCAUCGCCAGAAGAAGAUCACGGACAUGUUCACCGUGACAGUUAAAGAGAAUACUCAAAACAGCGGUACCGAUGAAUCUCGCGACAUCGAAGAUCUCGCGGGGCCGUCGACCAGCUUCAAGAACCCAGUUUCGAUCGUUAACAAGAGAAAAAGAGGUCACUCGGAGGAGGAGGCAAUCAGAGGGAAAAAUUGGAGAGAGGUUCUGGGUUCGCCGCCCCCCAAGGGAACAACCAGGCAGGAGACGCUCAAGUGGUUGGAGUUUCACAAGAAGAAAUGGGCCUUCCAGGCUAAACAGAGACAGCAGUAUCGACAGAAAAGAAGUAAGACGGACGAGAGCGAUGAAAUUACCUGGGGAGUUGUACGCAACACGAAUACGUCCACUAUGACCGGGUUCUUGAGGCGCGCUCAGAGAAAACUGCUGGAGACUCCUUGGCAAAUCGUUCAGCUGUGCGAAACAGGCGAGCCCGGUUUGUUCCGACUGUGGAUACUGGUCGACAAGCAGUUGCACCAAGUGCGCCUCGUGGUACCGCGCGUAUUUUACGUAAACACGCGCAAAGCACGACCCGACCCGGGACCGAACGAGCUGUGGAAGAAGAGCUUCAAGUCUCUGCCGCGCUCUCGGCCGGUGUACAAUCUCUACCGGUAUUCCCUGCCGGAAUCUCUGUUCCAAGAGCACAGCCGCGAGCUCCUGGAGGAUCUGAGCAAGCCUGAGAUCGAGGGGAUCUAUGAGACGCAAAUGUCAUUGGAAUUUCGAGCUAUACUGCAACUGGGAUGCGUGUGCAUCGUCGACCGACGAGCCGCGCGCAAGAUGGCAGACGGAGCGGAUACCUUCACCCUGGAUCAGUUGGAGUACAAGAGCAUUGCCUUCCAGCCUUACCUCAAGCAGACCGAAUCGCUCAACUACAUAUUCUUGUAUCAUCAUUGGAGUUCGAAUCACCAAAGGGCACUGUGGGGCCUAUUCUUGGGUGCUAGCAGAAGAGCUCACGUAUUCGUCCUGGAUUCAGUCGCCUCCAAUCAGUUGCCGAACAUGAACACGCUGUACGCGCAGGAGCGCAAGGCAGCAUUAGAGAAAAACGGUGAGGACAAGAUGACCCAGGUGCCUAAAACCGUGCAGUUCGUCACGCAAGUCGAGACAAACUUUCAGCAAGUGUGCCGCACGUUGCAAGCAGCCCUGACGGCGUACAAGAACGAAGGACAUGGCGCUACUAUCGUCAUCAAUCAAACCGCUCUUGACAGGGCGGCGUUGACUGCCGAAAUGCCAUUGCUCAGCGAGUUUCCUCUCGUCAGCACGCACGUGCGGGACGCUGAAAAUCUCUACAGCACACUGGAGUGGCAGAAGAUGGGCGCGAAAACGAUGGUCAGGCAUUACAUGAACAGCCAACGGGUCAUCGAUUUCAUGUCUGAACAAUGCCGAUUCUUUCACGCGCCCAUUGGCAACAUACCGGCGGAUCCGACUCUCUUCGGCGCGGAUCUAUUCUACGCCAGGCACCUGCACAGGAACAACUUCGUUCUGUGGUGCUCGCUCACGGAGAAGCCCGACCUGGGCGGCAGCGAGAACGACGAUAAUAGGCUACUGACGGAUUUCGAGGAAAGCUCGAGCUGCGCUGCGAACAAUCCGGGCGCGUACUCGAGCGUCUGCGUUCAGCUGGACGUAGAAAGUCUGGCGGUCAACGCGCUGCUGCAGUAUCAUCACAUUCACGAUGUUGACGGGACUAGCACGUUCGUGGCUUUCCACAAUCAGCAACGUCCAUCUCUUCAGGAUAUGGCGACAGGCGAUGCAGCAACAAUUAUUCCAAGCUACGAUGAGAUUACUCUGUGCAAUCCAGCGUUUAAAACGUUACGAAGCAUGGUAAACGCAUGGUUGCUGGAAGUAUCCGUUUAUAAGAAUAUAUUUGCGGAUUAUCAAUUGGUUCAUUUUUACCGGUGGCUGCGAUCUCCAACCGCUCUACUUUAUGAUCCUGCUCUACGUCGUACUCUACACACUUACAUGAAAAAAUUAUACAUACAAUUAAUAGCAGAAUUCAAGACGUUAGGUUGCAUCAUAAUUUUCGCAAACUUCAGCAAGAUUAUCGUGUGCACGAAGAAAAGAUCUGUGGGUGAUGCUUUGGGCUACAUGGAAUUUGUAGUCCAGACCAUACGGAACAAGGAAUUGUUCCACAGCAUUGAAAUCACGUACGACCAAUGUUGGGAAUAUCUAAUAUGGCUCGACCUGCACAAUCAUGCUGGUAUUAAAGGGCAACUAUCGAAGGAUACGAACGAUGAUGAAGAAGAUGAUGAGAAUACUGAAAACGAUGAUGAUGAUGCGCCUAAAGUAGUGAUGAACUGGAGCUUAAUGGAGUGUCUGCCCAAGGAAGCAGGAUGUCAGGCAAACUUCAGCACUGUGAUAGCGGGCUACAUAAACACAAUACACCAAUGCAUGAUCGACAAUGAAGCCAAUCAUACUGUAAGACCGAGGAGGAGGCAAAGUCAAUCCCUUACAGCACCGCUUGGUUUAGGUGCACUGGAAAAUACAGCAGAGUUUGCCAAGAAAAUGAUAUCAGGAGAAAUGUCUCAGAAAUUAUUCAAGUAUUUAUUCAUGCACCUAUUGUAUAGUUUAUUUCAACAUAAAAUUGAAGGGAAGACCAAUAAUUUCAGUGAAAUUGUUCUAAAAUCUUUUAGGAUAGCGCAGAAGAUACACAAGAGUUUACCAGAGAAGACAUUGACUCUCAAAGAAUAUCCUAAUGUAAACAUGGGUGGAAAAGAGAGUGUAAGGAUUAAUCCUGCCCUCGAAUUGAUCAAAGCAGUAUGCAAGGUUUUAUCUUUGGACAAGGAAGUGGAAAACGAAAUUUUCGAUUUGAAAGCAGAUCUGCUACGAUUGAUCGGAGUCGGCAGUCACGGCGACGAUGUUGAAUGGAAGGAACCGUGUAUCUCCCUCGUUCUACCGGAAGUCAUAUGCAAAGGGUGUAAUCACGUGAGGGACAUCGAUCUCUGUAAGGAUCAGUACUACACAGUCGAAAAUAACAGGCACACAUGGAAAUGUCCCACUUGCAACGUUGCUUACGACAACGCGGAAAUAGAAUUCUCGUUGAUCGACAAACUGAGCCGCAAAAGUAUGGGCUACGUACUGCAGGAUCUGCAGUGUCGAAAGUGUAAGAACAUCAAGCGAGAGAAUAUGAAUACGUUGUGCUCCUGCUCGGGCGAGUACGACAACUUGCUUCCGCGAGACGAGAUCACGAUGCUUGUAAAUAUUUGCAAAUCCAUAGCUAGCAAGUGUAAGAUGAACGUAUUAGCAGAGAUAGUGGAAAAUACAAAGCUCUUCACUGGUUGACAA